UGCAGCCAGUGUGUACACGCAGAGCCGUCUCUCUGGCUAGGCUUAGUAUUACAGCAGAUCUCUAGCAGUCUGAGCCAUGGACAGGGCAUAGCGCUUCCACAGCCUCUGCCAGACCCCACCGGUCAGACAUGGAGAUAGUAAAUGACAACGAUACAAGUUACAGCGGCGGGGUCCUGUGUGAGAUCGCAGACAAUGGGGCUGUCAUCGGAUGCCUAGAGGACUACUCGCACAAUACGACUCUCCCGGGCGCAGACUUGCACCAGGCAGUGAGGAUCUUUUUGUACUCAUUGAUCUUCCUGCUGGGGGUCCUGGGGAACAGCCUGGUUAUAGUGGUCCUCAUAAGGAAUAAGAGGAUGAGGACGGUCACUAACAUCUUCCUCCUGUCACUGGCGGUCAGUGACCUCAUGCUGUGUCUCUUCUGCAUGCCUUUCACCCUGAUUCCCAAUUUACUGAAGGACUUUAUAUUUGGUAGCACGGUCUGCAGAGCUGCCUUCUAUUUCAUGGGCAUCUCUGUAAGCGUGUCAACAUUCAAUCUGGUUGCCAUAUCGCUGGAACGUUACAGUGCCAUUUGUAAGCCCUUACAGUCAAGAGUAUGGCAGACAAAGUCACAUGCGUUGAAGGUGAUCGCAGUUACCUGGUUUCUCUCCUUCUCAAUGAUGUCACCGUACCCAAUUUAUAGCAAACUGGUGCCAUUUGCAAAGUUUGAAAAUACAGUUGGACACAUGUGUCGUCUGGAGUGGCCCAGUGACGAGAGCCAGCAGGCAUGGUAUAUCCUCCUCUUGUUAAUUUUGUUCCUUAUCCCUGGGAUUGUCAUGACAAUCGCUUAUGCUCUGAUAUCGGUGGAGUUGUACAGAGGGAUCCAGUUUGAAGUGAAUCAAAAGAAAGAACGGACAAGCAGCAUAAGCAGCAAUCAGUUUGAAAAUGGGGACGGCUGCUAUCUACAGAAGGCCAGGAGGAAGAAGAAGGUGGAAAUGAGGCGGCUCUCCGCCCACAGUAGCGCUAAGAUAGAAAGAGUCCGGAGUAACAGCUCCGCUGCCAACCUAGUGGCCAAGAAGCGGGUUAUCCGCAUGCUGAUUGUCAUCGUUAUCCUCUUUUUUAUAUGCUGGACUCCAGUGUUCAGCGUAAAUGCCUGGAGGGCCUUUGAUGCUACUAAAGCCGGAAUCCUUCUGUCGGGAGCACCGAUCUCCUUUAUUCAUCUACUGUCUUAUACAUCGGCUUGUGUCAAUCCAAUCAUCUACUGCUUCAUGAACAAGCGCUUCCGGAUGGGAUUUCUGGCUACCUUCAGCUUUUGCCCUGGGAGUCAUGUGCAAAGCAGAGUAAUGGUCCCCGGGGUUGGAGAGGAAGAUGGCCGGACCACGGGGGCUUCUCUGUCCAGGUACACCUACACCAACAUCAGCAUUUCUGCAACUACCUCUGCCCCGACAUGAGCCGGCGGCGAGCUCUCACCAGAGAAAGUACUGUGAGAAGAGUGGUGUGAUAGUGUGUGAGAACAGUGGUGUGAUAUUGCUAUAAGGACCGGUUCGUACACCACUGUGAUGUAUGCCGACGCUUUGUACAUAGACCCUGAUAAUAAGUGUGUAACGUCGGCAGCCUGGAUUAACUGUGCUUUGGUACAGUGUCUGUUUCUUACAUCAUCUGCCAGAGAACUGACUACAGCCCAAUGAAUGUGAGAAUUACUACAAAUCUGCACCACAUCAUUCAUCCCUCAUCAGUGCCAUGGACCUGACCAACACAUUCCUUCUAAUCUCUACUGGGAACUCAUUUAUUCUGUGUACAUAGUUCUUCUUUGUUGGUAAAGUGGCUACAUCUCAAAUAAGCUACACAUGCAUGCUCUUAUGUAUAGUAGGGCUCGUAGUGACGACGUUGGAUUCCUUUCUUAUGUUCUGUAAUAUGUAUAUGUUGGGCCGAGAUAUCAGCUGUGUGUUAUUUCUGACCUUUUUAUAAAACAUAACGGUCUAUUCAUGAAGCAGUGAAAACAGUGGAGAAGUGAGCCUGUGGAGAAGUUGCCCAUGGCAACCAAUCAGCUGCUCCAUACCAUUGCAAAUUAUAAAUGUUACUUCAAUGCUGAUUGGUUGCCAUGAGCAACUAACUUCUCCACUGGCUCACUUCUCCACACUUUUCACUGCUUCAUGAAUAGACCCCAUAAUCCAGAAUUGUCCAUAUACAGUAAUGUAUGAUCCUGGCAGCCCAAACCUCCAUUUAUUCACCCCCACCCCGGCUUAAUAAAGGAAGUGUCGUGUAUGAAAAAAUCAUAACAUCACCAGUCACUGGGAAGGAAUACUGGGAAAGUGGUAGAAGUGAUGAGUAUUGCGCUGUGAUUCCCUCAGUGAUUUUAGCACUAUGGAACAUAAGGGGCUCAUGCCACUCUGCCCCAAAUCAGACGUUGAAAAUGUGUUCACUAUAAAGCCGCAAUUGCAAAAUAUCAGCUCUCGCAAGUUGAGUGCGGGCCUGCGUUAAUAGCAUGUGGGCCAGGUUUACUUCCUGCAUAUGUCGCAUAGACUUACACCCAUGUGUUUAACCAUUUGGCAUUCUGUCCCUCCGUAGUAUGCUUGCAAAAUACGGAAUUGCAAUUAGGCUUCAAUAGCACUUAGCAAAUAGCAAAACUCUGUAAAGGCCCGUACACACUGGCCGACGGACCCGCGAUA